AGUGGUUGGUUAUGAUUUGUUAUGUUUUGGCGCUUUUGUGUAGUCGGAGUUCACCACGUUGGUUUCGCCUGAGCUUCGGAUUCUGAAGUCGUGUUGCCAGCAACAUAGAACUAGACUAGGCGAGCAGAAUCAACACCACACAAUAGGCAUUGUUCAACUGUUGCAAAUGUUCUGUGUAGUAACGUUAGCAGGCUUUGAGGUUGAUGUCUAGCUGGGUUUUAUUUUUCUCGAUAGCAUGAGUAAAGAGAAUAAACAUUGUUUUUUACAUCAACGACGUUAGGUCUAUGUAGAUAGCCAUCACUCUGUUUUUGUUGAUGUCUUGGCUAUCUGGUUUAUGACAUUAACAUUUUUGAAUGACAACAGAGCUCAUAUCUUUCCCAUUAAGCAUAGUGCUAGGUGCUAGUUAAAACAGGUAGCCUAAUUGGGGAUUAGGGAGAUGUUGACAUCCCCCUCUCAGUUGCUCCCUCAGAUUGUCCGUCCAGUGGAAGGAGAGGCCAAGGGCUCCCCUUCCACUCUCUGCAUAUCCCAUGACAUGGAACCCAAACCCCAAAUUCCCCCUCAUUCCUCUGUCUCAUCCAGCUGUGACAAUGGAGAAGGGCAAGCUGAGAAGAGGCACAGUGAAAGACUACAGGCAACCCCAAAGGAGGGCAGGAAUAAACCCAAAGCCCGCAAGGCUGCACCAAAACAGUCCCAAAUAGUAGCAUCCACAAAGAGAGUGGGGAACAGAAGAGUGGCAGGUUGUGGGGAUGAAAACACUGCAAUUAGCAAAUCAUUUAAACGCAAAGAUAUAAAAGGCCCUAGUCAGAAUAUGGCGCCACCCUCGGCCAAAAACCAAAUGGACUGCACUACCACUGACAAGUCCAAGCAGGUGCUUGAGUCCUGUGAAACGGCAAAGGACAAAGACCCUGCUGCAAAGGGCUGGGUCAUCGGCCCCUUGUUGCACUCUUUCAAAUCCAAGAUGUCAAGCUUCUCAGAGAUCGUGAUGAGCCCUGUCCGUCUUUUUAAACCUACUGAUUUGCCGCCCUCAGAUGCAAAAGGGACGGAUGAUGGGGAAGCUUUGAGUUUUAGCAAAACGGCAGACAACAGCAAUGAUCCCAUUCACAACCAGCAGGCCUACGUGUCCAAGACACUGCAUUUUGAUGGAAGUUCAAAUGAGGUCACAGUAGAGCAUGAACAAGCGGGCACAGAGGGAGAAUUGAAAGUCAAAAUGGAGCGACCAGAAGGUGAACAUAAGUCUGCCUCUUUUCGCUUGACACGAGGUGCCUUGCUAAGGGCUGAAGGGCCGGCUUGCCCAGACCCACUUAAAUCUCAGAAUAAUCAGUCUGUCCGGCACAGUCCCGCUGUUCUGUGUGGCAACUCCAGUUCCUCUAAUAACGUUUCAGAAAGGCAGACUCUACAGAGACGUCCUCAAAUCAGACAGGCUGCCCAGAAGAAAUCAGUCUCGCCAGACUGCGCUGUAUCCUCUGCCGAGUCUUGUCGAGUUUUGUUUCACAAUCUAAAGCAGUUGAAGAAUGUAGAUGACCUGCAAGAUGUGAAGACGAGCAGUUUGUCUGAUUCCUCUGUGUUUUACACCCCUCCUGACUCAUUCUCCAAAGAUGAGGGAACACCGGAGCAAGAGGACCUUAAGGAAAGCACCCCCAUUCAGAACACACAGAUUCGUUCAAGCCCCAGAAAGCUGCCCAAGAGCAUCUCUGUUACUCCAGCACCGUUCCCAGUGAAGCGGGAAAGUAGCCGGCAGAAAGUUACAGGGAGAAAAGUGACAUUUGAUAUAAAAGUCCAAGUAGAAGAUGAGGAGGCAAAAGUUGAAAGUCAGAGAAGUAGUGAAGAUGAAGAGUCGGGCCUGUCACCUGAGUCUUCACCUGAUGCUGAGGGCAUACUGAGACGACCCCAACUCAGGCAGAGGAAGCGAACAAGAAAGCCGCUCCAAGCUGACCCCGAGUUGUCUGGGAAGGCAAAGAGAAGAGUGAAAGCCGGAAAGGUUGAGGGAGCUACAAGGAGAAGAGGUAGAAAUAAAGAUGUGGCACCAAAAGAAUCCUUGAGCGAAUGGCUGGAAACCUCCGAGGAGAUUUUGUACACACAGACAACAAACCGUGAGCUGACUGACUCGGGAAAAGAUCUGCUCUCAAAUUCCCAGUCAACAGCAGAUACAGAAAUGCCAGAGAUGAAUGUGUCAGAUGCUGGUCUAAAGUUUGAAGGCAGCAGUAGAUUGACAAGAGGACAGGCCAAAUCAAAGCAGUCAACACCUGCCACAGUGAAAGUUGACCCACUUGAAAAUGAGUAUGCUGAUAUUUUUACUGAUUGCCUUGCUGUUAGCUUUUAUGCAGAAAACGAUAAGUCACUUAAUGACAAAAGCAUCAAUGGAAGAGACAAAGAGGACGGAAUCACUGGUUCAUUGUCUCGAAAGCCCAGGCAGCGGGCAAAGCAGACCGCUGCUUCGGAUGACGGCAGCCUAGUGACGAGCAAAUCCACAUUGAAAUCGGAAGAUGACCGCAGCUCUGUUUUUUCACCCAACAUGGAGAACUCCUCUGGGUCAUUCCUGAGCUCCCUAGCCCAGUCAAACUCCAAGAGUGCCAAAGGCAGUAAGAGGAGGCUGAUGAAGAAAUGGGGUCAGAUGUACGGUGAGGAGCUUCCCGAUGACUCCCCGUCUGCCUCGAUUCUCAAGCUGGAUAACACCAUCUCUGAGAUGUGUGUCAGUGGAGAGAAGAAGAGGCAAGAGGAGUCUGUGCAGACCCAGAAGGACAACAACUCCGAUGAAGUCGAAAAGACACCGUCCAAAAGAGAGUGUGGUAAAGCGCUCAAGAGGAAGUCCCCAUCGCCUUCCACAAAGGAGAGCCGUGUGGAUGGCACUGAAAACGGAGAGGAGGACGACGAUGCUUUUAUAGACACGGAGAGGCUCCCCGAGGCCACAGCGUCAGGUAGCGGCUCCAACCGCCUCUUGCGGAGCUACUCCUGCCCAGAGAUAGCCUCUCUCUCCCACCACGAACAGCUCUGGAGAUCCCCUACUCUCCUCCCGCAUGGCCGAGCUCCCCCAGUGCCCGCUCCGCACCAUCCCGUCGUGCACCCCACCCCACACCUUCCUCCCUCGCCCUCCAAGCGCACCCGCCGACACACCGUCUGCAGUGUAGAGAUAGAGAGGGAGAUUGCACCACUGUGUCUCCGUAAGGAGGUGUAUCCCACCGGUAGAUGCGGCCUCUACGGCAGCCCGUCCCACCCGCUCUGUCCCAGCACGGCCUCCCCGUCCACCUCCUUCACGGCCCUCGUUUCCAGCUUUCUGUCCAGUCCCCUGGCUUUUCUGUCGAGGAGAUCCGACAGAGGGAAACGCAAGGCCCAUGAGGACGAUAGCCUUAUCACCUCCUCCACCUCCUCCUGCCCACUAAGUCCCAGUGUAACCCCACCCUGCUCCACCUCAUCCCCUCCCUUUGCGUUGAGCCCAGCCGUCCACCACUCGCUUGCUGGUUUCACAUGCAGUGCCCCACCCAGAUCAAGCCUUUUUUCAGCCUCUGUAUCGCCAGGCUGCAGCAGCCAUUUUCAGGUCUCCUCAGAGGGAGAGGAUGAUUCUGGGCAGCAGUCUGAAGAUGGGGAGGAGAACGCGGGUAAUCUCAGUCUCGAUCUGCUGUCGAGAGAAAUGCCUGAAGAAAAAGCUCUCUCUGAUUCAGAAAUGAAGAUGGAAACAAAGCAAGGUGAACAGGGAAAGGUUUCAUCUAUACGCAUUCGUAAAACUUUGCCUAAGCCUCUUAAUAACCUGACACCAAUGGGUCUACCCAAACUUAUCAGGCCAAAGAAGAAAGAGUUCAGUGUUGAGGAAAUCUAUACCAACAAAAACUUUACCAAACCUGCAGAAGGACGUCUAGAGACCAUCUUUGAAGACCCACUCAAGCGGCGUGAUGGCUCCCAUUGUCUGCUUGGGCAGAAACGAGUGAAGCGGUUUGUUGAAUUCCCUGAAAUUGGCCAGGUUAGAAAGCUCCGGAAGCCACUGGUCAUUGCAGGUACCGGUAGCAGCACCCAGAAGACGGUUGGGCAGUCCUCAGGUGGACGACCCCGGCGUGGAAUGUGGUCCACCUCCAAGGAUGACCCCCAACCGUCCCCAGAGGACCUGGACUCCCUUCUGUGCUCCAAAUUGGAUCAGCUGGACUCUCUGAUGGCUGUGGAUGAGGGCACCAGCUGAGACAAAAAAAAAACAAACAAUGCAGGCGAUUGGCGAUCUCCAGCACUUUGGAAGAUCCCUCCAGAUCCAGAUACCUUUUUUUUAUUAUUUAGUUUUAUAUGUUUGAAGACCUCCCUCCAUUAUUAGUUGUGUGUUUUCAUUAAAUUGUAUUUUUGUAUGUUUUAA